GCAGAGGGCAAGAUGAAAGCAUGGUCCUUUCUUGUUCUGUGGGCAUUUACAAUCCUGUACCUGGUUUCAUACACGGAUGCCUUUUCCCAUGGGGCCAGCCUUUCUGCCUGUUCUGAUAUGAGACCCAAACAUAUCCGAGCUCACCUUCAGAAUCCUCAGAAUAAUUACAUUACCAUCCACACCAACACUUCCUUUUCUCCAGGUGACAAGGUACCAGUUACAAUCAGGAGUUCACGUGAUUUUAUGGGCUUCAUGCUUCAAGCUCGCAGGGUUCUGAAUGACCAAAUAGCUGGCACAUUUAUAUACAUUCCUCCUGGAUCCAAAUUACUGACUUGUUUUGAAGAUGGUGACACUGUUACCCAUUCAGACAAAUCACUUAAGAGAAACUUGUCUUUUGUGUGGAAAGCACCAGAUCAGCCUAUUGGCAACAUCAGAUUCUUUUUGUCACUUGUUCAGUCGUACUUUGUUUAUUGGGCAAAGAUUGAAUCGUCAACUGUUUCUCAACAAAUGCAGAAUAAAACAAUUACUGAAAAUAAUGAUGUCUCCAGUACAAUUAAACCAGCUCUACUCCAGGAGCUUAUUGAUCUGAAAGGAACAUUUACUGUAGGAAAAAGAAGUUCUGUUCCUGAUUCCAUUGUAACUCCGUUUGCGAUGUUUACACCCACCCCCAGCCUGAUUCGAACUGAAGCAAUCCUGGCUUCGGAUUCAUCAACUUACCACGGAAAACAAGCCUCUGAUGUUGGCAUCACUAGAAAUUUUCUUUCUGACUCCUUUGUAGACAGGGUCACUUCGCAUGACAUAAUGCUCAGUAAUGGAACAGAUAAAAGUGGUAGUUUCUCUCUGGAAUCAUCCCUUCAGCUUCAGGAUCUGAAUGUCAAAGUGCAAAAUUAUUUUUCCAGUUCAUACAAUAGGACAGAAACUGCUUCAAGUAUUCCCAUGUCUCUCUUGUGUCUGACAUGUAAGAAAAGCAAGCAGGAGACUUUGAUGACACCGACUCCAGAUGUAACUAAGUCUUCACCUCCUAUUACAACUUCACCAUUGGUCCAGUUUUGGGACUCUCCAUUGCCAGAAGAUUUGGAUAGAGAAGAGAAUAGAGAUGUCGACCGAAGUUUAUCAGCAGUUUCAAGACAGAUAGCAAAUAAAGAACCAAUAACACAGAAAGUUCCACUAAAUUUUCUGCCCCUGGCUGAAUUUCCCACAUCUGGGCAGGAGACGUACAAUCAGGAGGAGGUUCCUAGGAACACGCUCCUAAAAGUAACAAGGAUAAAACCUCAAGCUACUGUUUCUGGAGUGGAAAAAGAAAAGUCACACAAAGAGUCACGACUUGUAGCAGCUCAACUGGGUGUUCUCCUUGGCUGCUCUGCUGUCCUUGGCAUGGUCCUAGCUGUUGGCCUCCGCUGCAUCCAUUCCCAGUAUUGUCAUAAGCGGACUGAAGUCUCUUUUAGUGAGCCAGAUAAUAAUGUCAUCGCACUCCAAGAUAGCGGAGAGAUGAUGCACUUCAGGAAGAUACGAGAAAAUAGCUUUGUCCUGGUACAGGCAGAGUACAACUGGAUCAGCCCUUCAAGCAGUGUUACAAAAGCUGUUGUGUAGAGAGCCAGUUCAUUGCGGUAUUAUUGAUAUUGUUCUUUUAGAGGUGAAAUGUGUUUAUCUUUGAGGCUAUGAUAAAUAUUACUAAGAACAUAAAAAUCUGUCUAAUUGCAUAUAUUCAUUUAAGUGAAAACAAUC